CCCCGCCUCGCUGCCUGGCGGGUCCCCGGCCCUGCUGCAAGCCCCGCUCCCCCCCCUUUUUUUUUCCUCCCUUCCCCCCCCCUUUUUUUUCCCUCCCCUCUUUCUCUGCCUGCUGCCCCCCGCCUGCGGCCGGUUUGCAUGCAUUGUCUGUCUCCCAAGAUGGUUUGUGAGACUAAGAUUGUGGCGGAGGACCAUGAAUCGAUGCCAGGAUCCAAAAAAGAUACGAUCAUUGUUUCUUCCUCCCAGAUGUGGCCCUCUCUGUCGGGCUCCCCCUCUUCCUCCCCGGCUCCUCUGAGCGCUGUGAAGGAGGAUCUCAGGAAAGACAACGUUUACAUACGCGAAUUUCACCCUUCCGAGCAAGAGGUGGUGCGCCGCAUUUUCUACGAAGGUAUCAUGGAAAGGAUCCCUAACACGGCGUUUCGCGGGUUAAAGCAGCAGCCCCUCACUCAGCUGCUCUACGGGCUCCUGGCGGUAAUGUGCUUUGUGGUGACCAGGUCCUUCCUGCUGACCUGCUGCUUGCCCGUCUUGCUGAUGGGCAUGAGGUACUACUUCAGCAGAAAAGUUAUCCUCCACUAUCUCGACUGCGCCCUGCACACGGACAUGUCCGACAUCGAGCAGUAUUACAUGAAGCCGCCAGGCUCCUGCUUCUGGGUCGCCGUCCUGGACGGCAACGUGGUGGGGAUCGUGGCGGCCCGGGGCAACGAGGAGGACAACACGGUGGAGCUGCGCCGCAUGUCCGUCGACUCCAACUACCGGGGCAAAGGCAUCGCCAAGGCCCUGGGCCGCAAGGUGCUGGAGUUCGCCGUGCUCAACAACUACUCGUCCGUCGUGCUGGGAACCACGGCCGUGAAGAUGGCAGCCCACAAGCUCUACGAGUCCUUGGGGUUCAAACACGUGGGCGUCGUUGAACAUUACACCCUCCCGGGGAUGACGCACUCCUUACUAGAGAGGAUGUUUUUCCAGGUUCGCUACCACCGCUACCGCCUGCAGCUGCGCGAGGAGUAAAACCCAACCAAACACAGGCGCAAAGGGGGGGAAAAAAAGGAAAAGAAGAAAAAAAAAACAGAAAAAUUAUUUUUCUCCUCUUCCUCCCUGCCCCUCGAAAGUAAUAAAUUGCCCAUCUAUUCCUCGUCGCUGUUUGUUUGCCCAGCUCCUCCUCCGUUUUGCUCCCUCCCGCCGCCCCUGUACAGAGCAUCGCUUCCCCCCCCUUUUUUCCAGAUGUAAGAUAACAUAGUGACACGUUCAUAAUAGUGCAGAAAUAUUACUUGAAUGCAGUUUUCAGUAUUUCUCGCACCAGUUAGUAGAAUAUGCAUCCGUCCUACCCUUAUUUACCAGUUACUAGUUUUCAAAGAAAAGGCGGAGAGAAAAACUAGACAAGCCAACCCAAGCAGCCACCCCGCUUGCUGCGAUGCAUGAAGAGGAGGCGCGUGCCCGCGCUCCGCCGCCCAGCCAGCCCUGGCCUUGCACUUUUUCUUUUCUUUUUUCUUUUUUUUUGGGGGAUGUGCCUCAUUCUGCCAAACGUCCGAGGGAACCUCGGUGCAUCCAGUAUAACCGUGACUUUGCUCCGUCCUCAUCCUCCUUCCUAAGCCAGCAAACAGACUCGAAGCAUUUGAACGCUGAGCCCCGUUGUAACAUAGCGCGAGGCGAGAUCGAAGCUGCGUCGCCGCCGCGCGUAGCCUGCGGGCCUGGGCCCCGCUCCGCAUGUGCGUUGGACUUUCUCUUUGCUGCCUUUUGGGGU